ACUCCCGGGACCGAAAGCGAAGGCGCGCUCGGCAGCUCGGCGCUCUCCUGCUUGUGUCUAGCGGGACCCGCGACAGCACACCCGACGCGGGUCGCGGCGCUUGGGGCCCGGCGCCCGCCGGCGGCAUGGAGGGGCAGUGGGCCACCGCGGGCGGGGACGUCUCCCUGCAUAACUUCAGCGCGAGACUGUGGGAGCAGCUGGUUCACUUCCACGUCAUGCGGCUGACAGACUCGCUCUUCCUGUGGGUGGGAGCGACACCGCACCUGCGCAACCUCGCCGUGGCCAUGUGCAGCCGCUACGACUCCAUCCCUGUGUCCACCUCCCUCCUCGGAGACACUUCUGACACGACCUCCACUGGCCUUGCCCAGCGCUUAGCCAGGAAGACCAACAAGCAGGUGUUUGUCAGCUAUAACCUUCAAAACACAGACAGUAACUUCGCAUUACUUGUAGAAAACAGGAUCAAGGAAGAAAUGGAGGCUUUUCCUGAAAAGUUCUAGCUGAGUGGCAGAAGUGAGGAUUUGUAACUUAUGUACAAUAUACAUUUAAAUAAAUGGAUUGAAUUUCA